CCCCUCUCUCUGGUGCUCAAUUAGCACGAGCUCAGAUUUGUCUCUUCAAUUCAGAAUCUCCGAAGAUUUCGCCAGGACGCAAUGGCGGAUAAAAAGAACGGGUUAGACGAGGAGGCACCGCCCCAGGCUCCAGAGCAGGAAAAACUGCUCGAGGAAUCGCAGACAGCCGUGAUCUUCAGCAAGCCGAGCCCGGACGCAACCAACGGCGAUGCAAAAAUCGACCUGGGCACCACCGGCCUGGCCUCUGCGGGCCUCAAAAAGGAGGAGCUGCUCAAAUUCGCCAACGACCCGUUCUGGGUGCGUCUCCGUUGGCUCCUCUUCAUCCUCUUCUGGCUGACCUGGCUGGCUAUGCUGGUCGGAGCUAUCUAUAUCGUGGUUGUCGCUCCCAAGUGUCCCGCUCCGGAGCCAAGGAUCUGGGCCGAAAAGGGUCAACUCGUGUCCGUGGACGUCGGAGCAGAUGCUAAUGGGUUUGAAGCUUUGUUGGAUAUGCUACCCGAGCUGAAGGAAGCGUCGGUUGCUGGGGUUCUUUUGAAUAAUGUCCUGAAAUCUGAUGCAAAUGGAAUCGUGGAUUACGGGGACGUCAACUCUAAAUUAGGAAACUUGGAACAGUUCCAGCUACUCACAUCCAAGUUUUACGAUGCUGGAGUGAAAGUUAUCCUUGCAAUUAACAUUAACCACGUGAGCAAGAAUCACAAGUGGUUCAAUCUUUCACUCAAUGCCACCGGCGACUAUGCUGACUUCUUUUUGUGGAAGAAAGGUGGCACUGUCCAAAGCGCUGAUGGCACCCCAGAACCGCCGAAUAAUUGGUUGAGCAUUCCGUCUGGCUCAGCCUGGCAGUACGUCGCGGCCCGCAAACAGUUUUAUUACCACCAGCAUGGCGUCGACCAGCCUGAUUUGAAUUUGCGAAGCGCUAAUCUGCAGAAAGAGUUGAAGAAAAUACUGCGCACCUGGAGAGGCCAACGCAUUUCCGGCUUCCUUUUCCAAGACGCGUCUUACCUCACUGAGGACGAAAAUCUGGCCAAUGAGCUGAACGACGACAGUCCAUCAGACGCCACUUUCACCGACUACGCUUUUUACCAACACACCAACACCAAGAACCGCGACGAAAACGUGCAAAUCCUCAAAAUCUUCAAGGACGAACUUCUCUCCGAGAAGGAUGACCGCGAAAACAAGAUCGUCUUUGCUGCUGACGUGGACGGAACUGCGGAAGAAGUGACCAAGUACUACGGUGCGGAGAGGCCGCCAGUAGUGGAGCUGCCGUUGAACCGCCUGGCCAAGCCGGACGUCAGCACUGCAGAAAGCCUGCGUCUGUCUGUGAUGAAGUACUACACAAGCGCCGGGGAGAACUGGCCCAACUGGUUCUUGCCCCAGGAGGUGGCCAAUCCGGGACUGGUCACUGCCCUCGCCCUCCUGCCAGGAACCUUCAUUUACCAGCCGAAGAGUGAUCUGCAUAAUCUCAACUCUUCAGACAUUUUCGAAACCAUCCACAAGGUGCAACAUGAAAGAGAGCUGCCGUCAAUCACAUACGGCGGCCUCGAUGCCAGGGUCUUUGAGGAAAGUGUGUUUGCCUACACAAGAUCCAAGAGUGGCAAUCCAGGCUACAUGAUACUCUACAACGCUGGCCCAGGGGCUAAAAACGUGAGCGCCGCUGGUUUCCAGGGCGUGCCCGACAUCCUGUCAGUAGUCCAUCAAACAUCCGACGAAUCUCGUCUGCCUCCCAAGAGCAAGGUGAGCAUCGACAACGUCCCAGUGCAGGAGAAGGAAGCCAUCGUUUUGACGUUUGUGCCGCAGAAGAAUUAAAGGCCAAUGAAGUAGUUGACCUCGGGUCUAGCUCUCUAAUAAAUAGGCCACUCAUGCAUCCCAAAA